GUGUGAAUUUCUGAAUCAAUAAACGCAGACGGUCCACUGGCACGAGCGCAGGAGUGGUGAUGACGUCAGCAGCCGGAGCUGAAUGGGGGCCACGAGGAUGAAUAAUUAAUUUUCGGCUCUGAUCUAAUGGAGGAGAGGGUGAAUAAUUCAGCGCGUCCCCGCUGUGGAGCUCCAGCACGGACAUGGAGAACAACACCGAGAGCUCUUCACCAUCAACCUUUUCUCAGUUCUCCAAACUGGAUGAGACAGAACCUGUUAGUUUAACAGUGACAGGAUAUCACCAGAGGAGUAACUGAUAAACCCUCUACUUCAUCCAUCAUCAUCAUCAUCAUCAUCAUCAGGAUCUCUGAGCAUCAGGUCAUCCGUAUAUCCUGGCUUUCUGUUCCUCACCAUGCAGAAGUGGCUGCUGGUGGAACCUCAGUGAGAGAGACGUGAGCGUGAGAGAGAACGAGGAGCUGAAGUUUAAAGUGAGGAGGAAACACUUCAGCGUGUGUAUGAAGAUGAUGAGCUCUGUUUUCGCUAAGCUGAACCCUCGGCGGAUCGAGUGGGAGGCGUCAUGGUACGGUCUGCACUCUCGCGUGCUGAGGACCAAACCGCUGCACUCAAUGCAGGAGAGUUCUGAUGAUCUACAUGGAACCACCAGACUGGCCCAGGUUCUCACCACCGUGGACCUGGUGUCUCUGGGUGUGGGCAGCUGCGUGGGCACUGGUAUGUACGUGGUCGCCGGGUUGGUUGCUAAGGAAAUGGCAGGACCGGGUGUGAUCUUGUCAUUUAUCAUCGCCGCUGUGGCUUCCAUUCUGUCAGGCGUGUGCUAUGCCGAGUUUGGCGUGCGAGUGCCAAAGACCACCGGCUCUGCGUACACCUACAGCUACGUGACGGUGGGGGAGUUCGUGGCCUUCUUCAUCGGGUGGAACCUCAUUCUGGAGUACCUGAUCGGAACGGCGGCCGGAGCCAGCGCUCUCAGCAGCAUGUUUGACUCUCUGGCCAACCACAGCAUCAGCCGAUACAUGAUCACACACCUGGGCACGCUGAACGGUCUCGGUAAAGGAGAAGAAUCGUAUCCUGACCUGCUGGCUCUGGUCAUCGCUGCUCUGGUGACCGUGAUCGUGGCUGUCGGAGUGAAAAACUCGGUGAGCUUCAAUAACAUCCUGAACGUGGUGAAUCUGCUGGUGUGGGUGUUUGUGGUCAUCGCAGGACUCUUCUUCCUGUCUGGAGAGAACUGGGAGGACGGCAGAUUUCUGCCCUAUGGCUGGUCAGGGGUGAUGCAGGGAGCUGCUACGUGUUUCUACGCCUUCAUCGGGUUUGACAUCAUCGCCACUACAGGAGAAGAAGCUAAAAGUCCCAACACCUCGAUUCCUUACGCCAUCACGGCUUCACUCAUCACCUGUCUAACAGCAUACGUCUCUGUGAGUGUGAUCCUCACUCUGAUGGUGCCGUAUAAUCUGAUCGAUGGAGACGCUCCUCUGAUGGAGAUGUUCGCUGUUCAUGGAUUCAUGGCAGGGAAAUACAUCGUGGCGGUCGGAGCCAUCGCAGGACUGACGGUCAGUUUACUGGGUUCUCUUUUCCCCAUGCCACGAGUCAUCUACGCCAUGGCAGGGGACGGGCUGCUCUUCAGGUUCCUGUCCCAUGUGAGUCCAUACACAGAGACCCCGGUGGUGGCGUGUGCCGUGUCUGGGUUCCUGGCAGCGUUCCUGGCUCUGCUGGUCAGUCUGAGGGAUCUGAUUGAGAUGAUGUCCAUCGGCACUUUGCUGGCAUACACACUGGUGUCUGUGUGUGUGUUACUGCUGCGUUACCAGCCUGAAGGAGAUGGAUUCACAGACGUUCUCCCAGACAACUUUCAGAAGAGUAAAGAGGGUGUGCUGGCGGAGCAAGAGCGUGACCUUUACUCCCCCACCAGCGAUGGAGACGAGUACGACAACACGUGUGGGGCAAAAAACCUUCCCUCACAAGGCGAUGACAAGAUGCUGAUUAGCAAAUCGGACUCCGGUGGCUACCAGUCAGAGUCCUCGGGGUACAGUGGGGGUGAGAAAGGGGCAGAGUUUGAGGACUCUGACAGUGCCAUGACAUCCUUGUUGAAGCAGGCACUCGGUGGGAAUUACUACACCCUUCGGAUGCGACUCGGACUUCCAGAACCAGGCUCUCGGCCCACGCCGGCUACAGGACGCACUGUCACUUACUGCGUCCUCGUCCUGUUUUUCCUCACCUUCCUGCUCUGGGCCAUCGUCAUAUAUGGCCUGGACCGAGCCUCAGCUGGCACUCGCUGGGUUCUGGUCCCACUCGUCAUCGGCAUCGUCGUCCUCAUGGCCGCUUUAAUCGUCGUUAUUCUACGGCAGCCCGAGAGUCCCAAAAGGUUACCGUACAUGGCUCCUUGCGUCCCUUUCGUGCCCACAGCUGCCAUUCUGGUGAACAUCUACCUGAUGCUCAAGCUCUCCAGCAUUACCUGGGUCCGCUUCGUGGUGUGGUGCUUGAUAGGUCUGAUGAUUUAUUUUGGAUAUGGAAUGUGGAACAGUUCUCUGGAGCUGAGCGCGCGGGAGGAGGAAGCCCACGCCAGCUCAUAUCAGAGGUAUGACGCCGGAGUGGACGACAGCUUCAGGGUGGAUGAUGACCAUCAUGCUCAGGAGGACAUAGAAGGAGGACACUAUCAGGGCUGGGCGGCCGAGGAGAGGGGCUACCAGUACCAGAACCAGCACCAGGACCAGGACCAGAACCAGUGCCUGAACCAGUACCAGAACUACCAGCAGUAG